GUUUUGCAAUUACCGGCGAUUUAAUAAUUGAUUGUUUUAAUAUCAGAUUUUCAAUUUUAGAUGAAUAAACAAAAAGGGAGGAUCUCCGUUUAGAAGCUCGAAUUGCAACCCCUCAAAGGGUGUUGCUCCCCGUAUUAUGACAUAAGUUAUAUCCCAUUUCUCGAACUUGAUCUAAUUCCGUUCGUUGCUAUUUCUGUAUUUUACCGAAUUAAACGCCAACGUCAAUAUCUACGUAAUUUCAGUUUGAGUGUGUAUUUGUUAGUGUUAGGUUGUGUGGCGUGUCUUGUUAAUUUUACGACUAAAAAAUAUUAAAAAUGACUGAGCGAUAUCGACAAUCGAGUGGCACUGGCGCAACAUAUAUGAAUCCGGCGAAAAUGGAGAACGAAUUCACUCCUAAAAAAACGAUGAUUAUUAUGGUGAUAGUGGUUGCUUGCUUCGCAGUCUUAUGGCCUAAAAUAUUCUAUCCGAUGCUUGUUGGCUCUGCAAACCAACGGAUCAAACCCAGUGCUAUCGACAAGACAACAGGUUGCUGUUAUGUCCUAUCUGAAACGGACGUUGACACCAUCAAAAUAAUGUCUGAACUUUGCGGAAAGAUCAUAAGAGAACAGGUUGGAGAGGCCCCUCUUACAGGUAGACAAAUAAUAAACAUCUGCCAAGAGGAGGUAUUCAAGACCUGUGGAAUUGAUGUUUCUGUUGUGCUGCAAGAACAGGUGCGUUUGGGACACACGACCAAACAUAUCCUGGAUGAGAUACGCUCCCUCAAUGGCUCCCUUUGCCUUAAGUACAACUUCGGGGUGCAACCCUGGCGACUGGGAGUACCUCAUAUUGUCACCCUCAGAAAUAUGUCUGACAAUGUUCGUCAGGAACGUUCGCCCUUGGUGAGGUCUGAGAUGGUACAUCCGGCUUUCAGAGAAAGGGGCAGGGCCAUUCCCCAGGCCACACCCUCACAUCCACAUCCCAAGGUCAUCGAUGGAAGGCCUGGACCAAUACCUGGCAUGAGACCAGCAAUGGGGGGCCCUGGUCAAAUGGUGCCCCCUUCCAAACAACAAGGAAGUGGAAGCAUGGGAAUAAUUAUGCCGAUUUACACCGUUGGAAUUGUUAUAUUCUUCACUUACACUUUGAUGAAGAUUAUAUGUAAGAAACAUCCAGACACCGAUACUAUCUAUAGUAAGAUGGAGUUGGAUGCCCGUUAUAGAAAAGAAGGUUUGACCGAAAAUGGUUCCAGAGGUUCGAAAGAUGCAGGUUCCUGUAAACUAGUUGUAAACGCCAUGUCGGCUCUGUUGGAAGAGGUCGACCAAGAAUUAGAGGCCAGGCGGAGGUCUAGCGAGGUUGCACAGGAUGAAUGCCUGAGCAGCACCAAUCUGUCGAAUGGAAAUGUGAAGAAGGAAGAGAAGCCUUCUGUCAAAAUUAUGGGUAUGGAGACCUCAGAGAGCUGUGAAGGUGGUAAAAAAUGGCAAUCGGCUAAUUCUUCGGUCCUCCCUUCAUCUCCACUACCAGUUAGCCCCCAUAUUGAUCCUCCUAAGGAAAUCUACCUGGAUAGAACUCUUCCAGCUCAAUCACAAAUUCUAGUAUCAGAUUCGGCUACCGAAACAGAAAAAACCAGCUCAGACGAUGAUUCAGCUGUUGUAUUAGCUGGUAAAAUGACACUUUCAGUGAUUUCUCUCGAGAAUGAAGAACUUGAAAUUGGUGAUAUCUUGAAAGUUGAGAGAAACGAUACUCAAGAGACUGUUCACGACAAUAAACCAAUAAUAAAGGAAGAGAUCAACCACAUUAUUCAAGAAGCUAUCGAGAGUAUAGAUAACAAUGAAAAGGAUAUUAAAAUUGAAAAUGUACCAAAAAAAGAUACAGAAAAAGUUGCCGAAACAACGAAUAAUGUGCAUGAAGAAAAAACGAAAGAAGAUGCCUUACUUGAUUUACCAAAAAAAGAUUAUGUGACUACAGAAACUAUUCAAAACGAGGAUGGACCAAAAUUAGAAUUGAAUGAUGCCGAUAAUAUUAAGAAUAAGACCCAAUCGACGGAAGUUAAAGCUGUUGCUGAAUUCAUAGAAAAAGAAACUUCUAUUCCACUGGAAUCGAAACCUUCGGAACUAAUAGAAAGUCAACAUUCAACUUCAGAAAACCAAGGAGUGCCAUAUCCUCCCAAAUUGAAUUCGAGCGCUAAGUCAUCGAGCGAAGAUAGUGGAAGUACCGUUUUGUCUGGUUCUAACCAAGGCUCCGUUAUAAACGUUAACACAAGAGAUAUAGAAAUCGAAAAUAAGGAAGAAGACAAAGACGAGUCUGAGGAAGAAUCGGAUGUUGAGUAUGAAGAGGAAGAAAUAGAAGUAUCGGAAGAGGAGGAAGAAAUUGAAGACAACGAAGCUACUAGGGAACCCUUGGGGAGAAUGCAAUUAAGAGACGUAGAAAAUCGAAAUGUUGAGGUUGGAUUGGUGAAUGGAACAGCCAUCACACAGAACGGUGCUGUGGAGGAUGAAGACAGUGAGGAAGAAGAAGAAAUUAUAGAAGAAAUCAUUGAAGAGUAUUCUGACGACGAGGAAAAUUUAGAAGUUAAUUCUAAUUAGUUGCCAUUUUAAAUUGAAUAAUUCCCCAAAAAAUUUAGCUGAAGUUCAACUAUCAAGUUAAUGGGAAAAUCCUCUAGAUUACACUGCAAUAUUCAAUAUGACUGCAAGUUACGAUAUUUAUUCUUUAUGUAAGAACAUGAAAUAUUUCUGAUUAUAAAUUUUGAACCGAAAGGCAUCUUUAUGCUAGGACAUAAUUCAUAAUAAUUUAUGUAAUACUAAUAAACUAAAUAGAAAAAAACA